CACUGCGAACUCUUUUUGUCUCUCGUUUCUCUCUCAUUCUCUCUUCUCUGUUUCCAAUUCUCUGCUCCCGAAACCCUAGCCCUAGCCCUAACCCUAACCCUCGCCCUUUUCACCCAACCCCCGAUCGAUCCGCCGCAAAUGGCGGGGUCGCCGCCGCGAUCGGCUAAGAUUUUGCGGGACAGGUGAUCGCGCGGUCGGGUUCUUAAGGCGAGCCUUCCCAGUCCAUGGCGGCCGCGGGGGGGAAGGGUGCGCCGGAGAGGAUCCGCAGGGGCCUCCGCACGGCGCUGUUCGUGGUGACGAUGGUGGCGUCGCUGCUCGCGACCUCGGCCCCGGCGCUCGUCGCCGUCGCCGACGCGGGCGCGGCGCUGGCCCUCGCGGCGAGGCUCGCGUGCGGCGGCGGCGGCGGAUGCGGCGUGAGGGCGCAAGUGGAGAGGUACGGCUUCAGGAGCUCGUUGAUGGAUGUGCCUCUCGCUUCCCUCCUCAGAUCCCUCGUAAUCACAUGUGUUUACUGUUUGAGUGAUGAUCCUGGGCUUUCUCAUGGUCCUUAUCUUGGAACAGCAGCACUAUGUUCAUUAGCUUCUGUUGUAUUUCUAACCAUUAAGGCCUGUGUUUAUACACCUAUAUCUUAUAUUAGGCCUGAAGCUCCACCAUCUUUGGCUAGUGAGGAUCUGCAUUCAAGGAAAUCAUGGGGCAUGCCUGUUCUUUUCCUUACAUCAUUACUUUUCGCUCUCGGUCAUCUUGUUGUUGCAUACAGGACAAGGUGCAGAGCACGUAGAAAACUUAUGUUCCACCGUAUUGACCCGGAAUCAGUUUUGGCAUACAGGAACAUGUUUUUUAGCUAUCAGAAGGUCCCUCGAUCCCCCACACCAUGCGGUGGCAAAAUAUACUCGAGGAGUGAGAGUGAAACAAAGAGGAAAGCCAUACUUUGUUGUGAACGGGAUCUUCCCAUCAGCUUCCUCGCAGAAAGUGACAGCUUGUUCAUUGCCUGUCAAGGCCUGACAAUCCAUUAUAAGCUUAGCUUACAUGAUUUACCUCCCACCAUUUCUCUAUCCUCCUCAAGGCUCAAACUUCAGAGUCCAUUAGUAAAAACUAAAACCCAUCAUCAUCUAUAUAGGAGCUUUAGUCAAAAAUACUAUGAUACCUCUCUAUAUGAUCCGCUGUUGGAUGAAUCUGCAACCUCGCCUACUUUAUUAUCAGAUGGCAUUCCUCUGUUGAGUCUUGAUGAUGGCAAUGGUGAUUUGGGUUCAUCUAAUUACGUAAAUAUGGGCAUUGGGGUAGAAGAAAAGGUGGAGCUUGCUGUUGUUUUAGUGCAUGGUUUUGGAGGAGGGGUUUUCUCAUGGAGGCAUGUGAGCAGUGUGCUUGCAAGGCAAGUAGGAUGUGCAGUUGUGGCUUUUGAUCGGCCCGGCUGGGGGUUGACUUCUCGACCACGUAGGAAGGAUUGGGAGGACAAGCGAUUGCCAAACCCAUAUAUGCUUGACUCCCAGGUUGAUCUUCUUAUCUCUUUCUGCUCGGAGAUGGGCUUCUCAUCAGUAAUACUUGUUGGCCAUGAUGAUGGCGGACUUCUUGCUCUCAAGGCUGCAGAAAAAGUUCGUUCCUCUGCGGAUCCUGCCAAAGUGGAAAUCAAGGGAGUGGUUCUAGUUAGUGUCAGCUUAUCUAGAGAAGUUGUCCCUUCCUUCGCCCGGAUCCUUCUACAUACUCCACUUGGGAAGAAGCACAUGGUCCGUCCUCUACUGCGUACUGAAAUCACUCAAGUGAUCAACCGUCGUGCAUGGUAUGAUGCUACAAAGCUAACAGCUGAGGUUUUGAACCUUUACAAGGCCCCAUUAUUUGUGGAAGGUUGGGAUGAGGCACUUCAUGAGAUCGGACGGUUAUCAUUUGCAACCGUCCUCUCAUCACAAAGCGCAGCAGCAUUGCUAAAAUCGGCGGAAGACCUUCCCGUCCUUGUUGUAGCUGGUGCAGAGGAUGUGCUUGUUCCUUUCAAGUCGGUUCAAGCCAUGGCUUCCAAGCUUGUAAAUUCUAGACUUAUCGCAAUAUCAGGAUGCGGGCAUCUACCGCAUGAGGAGUGCCCGAAAGCUCUUCUCGCGGCUCUCACCCCGUUCAUAACUAGACUGCUGUUGCCUGCCGACGCCUCCAGAAGACAUUAGGGUUAAUACUUUCUCAAUCUUUUCUCCAUGUUUCUUUUGAAAUUACUUUCUAUUAAUCUUCCUUUUCCAAUGAAAAAGGUAGAUAGAUCUCUUCUAUCCUGCUAGGGUUGUGUGAGGUGUUAUGUGUUUGGGUUUAGUGUUUGCUUGUCCUGGAGCCAGGCCCAAUACUCUUCUUAGGGUUACUUGAGCUCCCCUAACUUGUCAGUAGUUGUCACCCUUCCUCAUCUUAUGAUUUAUUAGAAUUAGGGCUUCUUGAUUAAGCAAGUUAGAUUUAGCAUGCCAUGUAGGGCGUAAGCUUUCGCUAAAUCUGAUGUUAACCUAAGGAAUCGAUGCGCUAACCUAAGGAAUCGAUGUGCGCAACUAAGGAUGCUAUGAGAGAUUGCUGUGUAAAGAACUAGUUUUGAUAUUCAUAAAUGCAAUAUGCAAAGAUUUUGAGGACUAA